CCACCUGGGCCAGUGGGCUUCAGUCUGUAGGUGACUACAGAAGGAGGAGGAGCUCCCUCUGUUCUCUCUUCAGGCAGUUGUGUCUCUCAGCGCUUGUUGGGUUCACAACCUAUUGAAUAAGCCGGCAGGUCUUCACCCUCCCAGACAAGUCAGCUCAGGGGAUUCAGCAGGGCACGGGCCUUGGCCCACAGCCCCAGCCCGGGCCAGGGCCGGGCCGUGAAGUAGUCAGGCAAGCAGCGGGCAAGAUCAUCUCUGCAAGUGCAGCAUAGCCUCAGCCUAGGGCAGCAGGAGUGCGUGGCUAAAGUUGUGAGCAGAGGCACAGGUCGUGGCAGACAGUAGAGACGCCCCAUGGGGAACAUACUGACCUGUUGUGUGUGCCCCAAGGACAGCCCCGAGUUCGACCAGCCGCAGGGGUCAGUGUGUCCCUCUGAGUCCGACAUCUAUGAGGCAGCAGCUGGGGACGGGAUGGCAGGAGCGCCUAUGGCUGCUGCUGUGCAUCCUGCUGAGGUGACUGUUGAGGUUGGUGAGGACCCCCACAUGUACCACAUCCAUGACCAGGAGAUGCCUGAAGCUUUGGAGUUUAACCCUCCUGCCAAUCCAGAGGCAAGCACAAUAUUCCAUGGGAACUGUCAAACACAUGCUUUGGAGUUUAACCCUCCUGCCAAUCCAGAGGCAACCACAAUAUUCCAGAGGAACUCUCAAACAGAUGUUAUAGAAAUAAGAAGAAGCAGCUGUAUAAACCACGUAUCUACUGUGCGUUUCAGUCAACAAUACAGCUCAUGUUCAACAAUAUUCCUUGAUGACAGCACAGCCAGCCAGCCUGAUCUUACAAUGACAAUAAUAUCAGUGACCUUGGAGAUACAUCAUGAUAUCAUGCAAAGAGAUGCAGAUGGAUCUUUGAGCAUAUUUGAUGAACAAUUAUACUCAUUUACGGUGGAGUCUCUCUCUGUAGCCCAGGCUGGAGUGCAAUCAUGUGAUCUUGGCUCACUGCAGGCUCUGCCUCCCAGGUCCCUGUUCAAGCAGAAACCUGAACCAAAUGAACAGGUUCAACAUCAUCAGUAAGAAGAACUAUCAGUGCCAUAACUCUGAUGGAAUGCACGGGGAAGGAUUCCACAUCAUUUUUGUACUAUAAUGGCCAAAAGUGCAUAACUUCAGUCCAAUCAUGGAAAUACAUCAGACAAACCCAAAUCGAGGAACAUUUGACAAAUACUGAUCAGUACUAGUUCAAAGUGUCAUGGUUAUGAAAGAUAAGGAAAAACUGAGGAACUGUCACUGCAGUCCUACAAAAUGGCAAGAGACUACGAAAUAACUAAAUGCCCUGUGAUGGGUGGCAUUUGGGAACAGAAAAAAGACA